CCCCGGGGCCGGUGGCCGCCCGGGGCCGACGCGGUGCCCGUGCCUCCGGCAGCACACGCACUACCCGCAGUUUGCCAGCCGCGAGUUCGCGGGCACCACGCGCCGGGGACCCUUCGGGGACGCGCUGGCCGAGUUCGAUGGCUCGGUGGGACAGCUGCUGCAGGCGCUGCAGGACAACGGCCUGGAGAACUCCACGCUGGUGUUCGUCACCUCCGACAACGGCCCCUCCACGCUGCGCGGGGCCCGCGGGGGCAGCGCCGGGCUCCUCCGCUGUGGCAAGGGCACCACCUACGAGGGCGGCAUGCGGGUGCCCGCCCUGGCCUACUGGCCCGGCACGAUCGCGCCAGGGGUGACCCACGAGCUGGCCAGCUCUCUGGACGUGCUGCCCACGCUGGCGGCGCUGGCGGGCGCCGCGCUGCCCGAGGCCGCCCUGGACGGCUUCGACCUGAGUGAGCUGCUGCUGCACCGCAGCCAGGUGAGAGCGGGGCAUGGACAGGGUUUUUUGGGUGGUUUUGGGAGUUUUUUUGAGUGUCUUUCGUGGUUUUUGGGGUGGCGUUCGGUGCCGCCCGGAUCUCCCGGAGGACGCCGCGCGCUCAGCCCUGUUUUUGGCGCUGCCGGUGCCUCAGGCUCCUUCCACAGCGACACCACCCCGGACCAGGCGUGCCACGGGCUCACCCCGCUCACCCCGCACCUGCCCCCGCUGCUCUUCGACCUGGAGGCCGAUCCCGCCGAGAACUACAACCUGCUGCGGGGCCGGCCGGGCCCCGAGGCGCUGCAGGCGCUCAAGGACAUCGCGCUGGAGAAGGCGCUGCUGCAGCAGCGGCUGCGCUUCGGGGACAGCCAGAUGGACAAGGGCCAGGACCCCUCGCUGCAGCCCUGCUGCAACCCCGCCUGCACCCCCAAACCGGCCUGCUGCCGCUGCUCCCCAGGUCCCGUGGUGGUGGCUGUGUCCCAAAUCCCCAAACCUUGA